AUGACCUCCAGAUCCACCGCAGACUCUCUCUACGGAAGAUCACAGACCGACCCGUCAACGACGACACGCGGUCGCCCCCGUCCAUCAAAGACUCCCAAAUCUGAUAUCUUCAUAAAGCACAAUAAAGGCGCUGAGAAACGCGCCGCGAAAGAUGAAAUCGAAACAGAUCUCCGCCAGGUACACCAGCGUACCGCGGAUGUGGGCGCCGUCGACGCGGCUACCCUGCACCGCUCUAAGAGGCGCAUGGAGGAGAAAGUGCAGAUAUACGAGGAUCUGAAGAGCGGGCUGUAUCUCGCUGCUGAAAGUGAUGAUGACGAUGACGAUGAUGAGAUCGGCCCUCGCCUGAAGCAGGAAGAUUACCUAGCUCGACUCCGGAGGAAGGAGAGGGAGGGCUUAGUUGAUUUCGAUCGGAAAUGGGCUGAUGAGGAGAGAGCGAAACGACGAACUUCUACCUCGGAUGAAGAUGAAAAUGAACCUGAAGACGAGGAAGAAGACGACGACGAUGACAACGCCUCCAUAAUCUCCUACGAAGACGAACUCGGCCGCUCCAGACGCGGAACCAGAAAACAAGCUGCCCACGCAGCCCGUCUCAAGCAGCGUCAAAAACGGGAAAAUGAACAUGGACCCGGAGUCGAUGAUCAUCCAACUUGGAAGCCCGCUCGUCCAGAGAACCUCAUAUACGGCCCCGCGAUCCAGUCAGAGGCAUUCAACCCUGCCGCGCCCGUUGCGGAGCAAAUGUCCUACCUCGCUUCUCGUCGGGAUCGGUCCCCUACGCCCGAGCAGAUGCAUUACGAUGCAGACGCCGAGGUGCGCACCCGCGGAACAGGUUUCUACGCAUUUUCCAAGGAUGAAGAGACGCGGAAGAAGCAGAUGGAGGAGCUGAUGAAUGCUCGUGUAGAGACGCAGCGGGAGAGGGAGGCGCGGCAGACGAGACGAGCAGAGAGGGAGCGGCUGAAGGAUGAGCGGAGGAAGAAGAUUGAGGAGUUGAGGGUGAAGAGACGCGCUGAGACAUUUCUUGCUGGGUUGGGAGAUAUACAAUCUCUGCGUGCUGGGUGA